AUGUCUGAGUCAACUAGCACAAAUACUCCGAAGCCGAGUAGUAGCGUGAAGCUGGUACUUUUGGGCGAGGCGGCGGUUGGAAAGUCAUCGCUAGUUCUGCGAUUUGUGAAUAAUGACUUUCAAGAAAAUAAAGAGCCGACUAUUGGAGCUGCCUUCUUGACUCAAAAAUGCUCUCUCCCGACCCGGACGAUCAAGUUCGAAAUCUGGGAUACAGCCGGUCAGGAGAGAUUCGCCUCGCUUGCGCCCAUGUACUACCGUAACGCCCAGGCGGCGCUGGUGGUCUACGAUGUUACCAAGCCAUCUUCCCUUACAAAGGCCAAACAUUGGGUUGCCGAACUACAGCGGCAAGCCAGCCCCGGGAUUGUGAUCGCCCUCGUCGGCAAUAAGCUGGACUUGACAAACGACGGGAACGAAACUUCUGGGGAGCCACAGGCGGAUGGCGAACAGCAACCCCCUGCUGCUACUGCUGACGAAGAUGACGCGGCUGGUGAACCUCAGGAGGAGCAAUAUGCCACGUCUGGAGAUGCCCGGAAGGUCUCGACACGGGAGGCUAGUUCAUAUGCGGACGAAGAGGGCCUACUGUUCUUCGAGACUAGCGCUAAGACGGGUGUGAAUGUUGUGGAGGUUUUCACUGCCAUUGCCAAUGCUAUACCAGAGAGCAGUUUGAAGAGUGGACGCGGAGCUGGCGCCGGUACGGGCCAGACUACUUUGGGAGGUAGCCGUCCGGCGGAGGACUCGCGGGUCAACCUGGGAGACCGGUCUACUGCCACUGCCAAAGAAGGUUGUGCGUGUUAA